CAUUGAAUUGAAAGAAACACAGCGCUAGCACUAGCAGACAGCAGGGCAGACAAUACAAAUUGAAUGUGACAUUUUGAUUGCUUUUAAUUAUGAAUUUAUGUAAUCUAAUAGAUAAAAUGUCUUAAAACGAUUUUAAAGCUCAUUCAAGUAGUUUAUCAAUACAGUAUUGUUAAUCAGCUCACCAUAGAUUGAUGGAAGAUGUCAAAGUUCCACACUGAAAUGAGUUUGAAGAACAGCAAACCGGACAGUAAAAUUCCUGUACUAAGUCCUGCCCCACUGCGGCGGUCAGGAUCUCUUCGCCUGCACGCUUGCCCUCCAAUACAAGAACAUCACACUGAUCUGACUCCGAGGCCUAAACUCAACCGUCAUCGUAGCUUGCAAUCCUUAAACACUGCUUCAUCAUUUAACUGUGAAAGGGAUGAUGAUGCUGACUCUGUACAGAGCUUCAGUAGCACUGCAAGUAUGUGUAGCAGUGUGUCCCAGUGUGACCAUGCUCACUUUGCUCGCAACGGGACCACAUACAGCGGCCGUAGCAAGCGAUACGUGGUCCACUGCUCUCCAUACUCAGCUGAUACCGACGACUACCUCACACCUACCCAGCGGACCAACAGGACUAUCAGGAAACUUCGGAAUUUAUUAAAAGAAGCCCAAGCUGAACUAAUAGAAAAAGACAAAGAGAUCUUAAGACUAAGAAAGGAAGUUGUGGAAUUACGCUUAUUGAAAGUUGAUUCUGGGGCAGAAUCAAAUGAAGGGAAUGGUGACGAAGCUCCUGGAUUGCCAUCACAAGGAGACUUGCCGCAGACUGACAGGCAGACUCCAGCUACCUCUCCCCACUUAGGGUAUUGUUCAUCUCCUUUUCUUGCACAAUCUUUGUCAGAUUCUGGCCAUUUCGAAGAUUUAAACUCCUCAAAAGACAUUUCACAUGCUGCUCAGAAUCACACCAGCCAAAUAAAAACGCUUGAGUCACUUCAACAUCAAUAUGAAGAUGAAAUUAGGGAGUUGAAAGAAAGGCACAAUGACAAAGUAGAGUCACUGCUUCAGAGAAUUACGGACGUCAAUGACAGGUACUAUGCUCUGAGGCCACUUUAUGAAGACUGUAAAGAAAGACUUCAUGAGCUUGAAAAACAAAAUGAAGAGUUGAAAAGUAAUAAUAUGUGUAAAAUUCAUAUUAAAAAGAUAUCUGAGCUAGAAAUUUUAAAUGAGGAAUUGUCACAGGACAAACAAAACUUACAGUUUGAAAUUGAUGAACUGAGACUUGCUAAAGCGGACCUAGAACUAAUCAGAUUAAGUCAUGACAAAUUAAAAGUAGAAAAUGAGCAGCAUAAAAAUAGACUGGAUGAAUUAGUAGAGACCUUAUGUCAUUUAGAAGAAGAUAAAGCUAAUGUAAAAGAAGACGAAUCUAUUAGCAAUAGAGACUGUGUUUUAACAGAAGCAUAUAGUCAAACAGAUGUGCAAUCACUAGUUCCCAGCUCAGAAGCAUGUUGUCAAAUAGAUGGUGUGCAAUCACUAGUUCCCAGCUCUGAAGCAUGUUGUCAAACAGAUGAUGUGCAAUCACUAGUUCCCAGCUCAGAAGACUCAUCACAUGACAGCUGUGAGAAAAACAAACAGUGUGCUUAUAAAGUGGAAAAUGCUGAAUUAAAAUUACAGAUUGUAGCUCAUAUUGAACAAAUAAAACAACUGGAACAAAAAGAAAGCAAUGAAAAAGACAUUUAUGUAAAGUUGUACCAAAAAGGGAUCCAGGCAGCAAAAUUACAAGACACUGAGGAACUUGAAAAUGGACAAAAUCAAGAAACAGAAGUCUCUCUUAUUCCUGAUCUUUUGCAAAGGUUAAGAAUCAAGCAAGAAGAACUUGACAAUAUUAAGGCAAUGUAUCGCCGUUUGUUGGAGACAAGAAAACAACAACCAAAACAUGACCCAGAAAUGACAUUACAAUUCUUAAAAUCUGCAUUUUAUUACUUCUUGACUCAUCGAGAAAAUGCUCAGGAGAAUCUAGCAGCAAUUGGAAGCAUCCUCGGCUUCACUGACAAUGAAAAAAUAAAUAUUGAAAGAGCUUUCCUCUGGAGGUGAACUCCUGGUUUUACAAAGUAGCAUAUUACGCUUUUUUAUAAUUUUGAGGCAGUUACAUAGUUCUUAAUUCAAUUAAAAGUAGGUAAACAGUUUGAUACUUGCUAAAUCUGAGUGAUACCAUAGUUGUUUAUUUUUUUAGUGCAUAAUUAUUUUUAUUAUGGAUCUAAUAUUCUUUACAAACAUGUCAAUAACUUCAGAAAGAUUGUUUACUAAAUGUUACAAUCUGUAAAUAAUAAUAAUUUAUAGGGCGUUAACAAUAAUAUUUCUUUAAGUAGAAUUGAUAAAUUUUAUAUUAGUGACAUCAGUUUAUAUUUGUUAGACAAAUAAUUUAGUGUCUUUAUAAAAGGCUUUAAGAUAGUGUCUUACUGAUUAUGGUGCUUUUACGGUUGUUUUAAAAUUACAUCUCUGUGAUGCUUAAACUUCAAAGUAAUUUAAAUCUCAUAUUUUCAAAUACGUAUUUAACUUUUCAUAUUCAUAUAAGAAGUGUGAAUUAAUUGUUAGUCAUUUUAAUAACCUAUCCUCUCUACUUAGCUCCUACUUAUUUACUGAUAGAAUUUCAAGUUAAAACUUGCAAUAUUUGGAAGAUCACAAAAUGUUCAUGUUUAUGUGCAAAGACUGUGAAAAAGCUUUAACACAAAAAUGUUGCUUUUUGCAGUAUUAUUGCAAUUUUAUAGUGUGGUUUGAGUAGUUUGUUAUGGAGUCAUAAUAAACAAACAGUGGAAAGUUUUACCGUGUUAUGUUCUUGGACAUAUUAGUCAGUAUUAUUAAUUAACUAUUAGGAUUGUUGAAUUGUGAUGAAUGUAGAACAUGGUUACCAGAUUAGUUUAGUGGUAUAUGGUUAUUUAUUCUCGAGUCAAAACAUGGUGUUAGAAUAAUGUUUGUUGUUUAAUAAUAUGUUUAGUUCUUUUAGAUAAGUAAUUACGAAUAUGUAAUAACUCUGUACAUGCAAUUAAUCAUAUUACUGUAUGUCAAAUUUGAGUAUCUGUUAGAAUGAUUUAAACAAUUGACAGUUAUGUGUAAUAUUAUACAAAUAAAAUAAUGUUCCUGAUGUU